AUGGACAAGGUCAUUGAUGCGCGCUUUGAGCGUGUCGAGAAAGCUCUUGCCAGUCUCAUUGAGUCGGUUUCCAAAUAUCAUCCCCACGCGAAGCAGGCAUUGGACCUACACGAGGCCGACAAUGAUCUCGCAAAGGGCCUUGACGAGGGUAAAACACGACGUCUCUGGAAGCCUUCCCACAACCAAGCUGACGCUCUUCAUCCCAUAGUCCAAAUCCACCAGAACAACCACCUCCGCUUACAGCAGCUUCGAACGACGACUUCUUCCCUCGAUACCCAGAUCCGAGAAACUCUUCAGAGCCUGGCGACCACCCGCAAGGACAUUACCACCACCCAGAUCACAGUCUACCCCGAUGGACCCAAGUACCCUGUCAAGUAUGACGAGCUACUGAACUAUGCCCGUCGAAUCAGCAAGACCACGCUUCCGCCCGCGGCUCUCACCAACGGCGGCGGGGUCACAACCAGCGGAGGCACUCCAGCCCCUGACCCGAACGCAAGCAUGACCACCAACCCCAACACUCCGGGCGCAAACGGUCUCCAGAGCCAACCCGUCAGCGCGGCGCCAACGCCGAGCCAGAGCCAGACUCCCGGCCCUUCGGGUGCACCCAACAGCAGCCCUUUGCAGGAUGCCCUUCAGGGGGCCCAGCAGACCACUACGACAAGCGGCGCAACCUCGUUGCCCGACGGCCUACGGAACCACCUCGACCCGCACUUCAAUGCGAGCUUCAUUCCCUGGCCCAACGAGUUCCAGAUCCGCAGCGGCGCCAUGGCCGUUUACCAGGACCUGGCCGACAAGGGCAUCGACCCGCGCGGCUAUGAUCCGCAGCGAAUCGCCGAGGCAAAGCGCAAGGAGGAAGAAGAACGCAAGGCCCGCGAGGAGCAGGAGAAGCUCGAGAUCGAGCGAAAGAACAGGGAGUACCAGGAGAAGAUGGAGAAGAUCCGCCGCGAGCAGCAGGAGGCGUACCGUCGCGAUAGCGUGGCGGCUGGUGCUGGUGCUUCGUCGGCCGGGAAGAGCAAGCAGUUCCAGUUCACCAGUCUUAUGGACGAUGACGAUGACGAUGAGUAG